AUGGGGAGGAAGUCUCCAAUACGGAGGAUACAAGUCUUGGAAUCAACGGCAGAGUCUGACCGAGAGUACGCUCCUUCCACCAAUCGGCCAUCGUCCUACCGUUGGGCAACGCCGAUGAAAUUCUCUGAAGUUAACCCUAUCAGGUCCCAGCAGCAAUCGGUGCAUCAAACCGCGGAGGAGAUACCGGACAGGGACCCUGUCAUCCGCCUCCUCCUUCAAAGGGUACAGAAGAUGGAGGACGAUCGAACUCGUUCUCAGGAGCCGGACUGGGGAAGGCUCCGGCCAGGACCCUUCACCGAACGCAUAAGGCGCUCCCGGCAAGACAGAGACGUACAGCCCCUACGCAUAACCCCUUACACAGGAGUGGAGGAUCCACUGACACACCUUCAUUCUUUCCAAUCGGCUGUAGGGUGCCGAGGGCUAAGCGACGAAGGACUGUGCCUUCUGUUCCCCUCUUCGCUCACGGAAGCGGCUCUGAACUGGUUCUACCAUUUGGAACCAGGAACGGUAGAUUCCUUCGACGAGCUAAAACAGAUUUUCCUGAACCAUUUUAUGAUUCAGACGGACAGACUGUAUUCUGCCGAUGAUCUAUAUACCAUCCGGCAGAGAGAUGACGAACCAUUGCGUGAGUAUACCGCACAAUUCAGCCAUGAAUACUCGAGAUGUCCAGAUACCGAUGACAAGGCAGCCUACGGCGCCUUCAAGAGUGGCCUACGGUCCUCAUACUUUCGGUAUUUGGUGCACAGCAGCAACUGGCGUACGUACGAUGAACUCAUGAAGCAAGGGCAAUCCACGCCAAGGCCGAAUACUUUAACUCGAGGGCCGAGACCACGGCUCGGCAGAGCGAACCCAUACAGCGGUCCUCCACGACACAGGCAUCGCCGUUCGCGCCAGCAGUGCAAACCGCCGGAUACCUUGAAAGCCACAAGCGCAAAGAUGCCGGGAGCUCCCAAAAGGGGCAUUCCAAGAAAAACAAGAGCAGGUACGGCAAGGACAACUACCGAGCCCCACUACCGGCACAUAACCAGGGGACAGAGGUGUUCACCCUGCUCAAUACCUCCUACGAAGCGGUACUGA